GAGAGAGUUAAAAGCAGAGAGAGUGGAAGUAAGAGCCCCAUCCCAAUCCUAAAUCCUAAAUCCCAAAUCCCAAUUCGAGUCGAAUCCAUCCAUCAAUAAAGCCACGCUACUAACUUACCGUCAUUUCAGUGAAGAAAGGUAAAACCUGAAAUCUUAGCUCACAGUCAGAGAGAGAUGAGCGAGGAGGCGAAGAAGAACAUCGUCGGAGGAGGAGCUCUAAUGGCGAAGCCCAACUCCGAAGAUCGAAAGCCGUCUCCUCCUGCCGUCAAUCCCACUCCUCCCAAGAAAGUCAUCAUCAAAAGUGCCGAUAUGCUUCCCGACAUGCAAAAGGAGGCUGUUGACAUCGCCGUCACCGCCUUCGAGAAGCACAAUGUAGAGAAAGAUGUCGCCGAGAAUAUCAAGAAGGAGUUCGAUAGGCGUCAUGGACCUACUUGGCAUUGCAUCGUUGGUCGCAAUUUUGGUUCAUACGUGACUCAUGAAACAAACCACUUCGUCUAUUUCUAUUUGGAUCAGAAAGCAGUUUUACUUUUUAAGUCUGGCUAGCGAUAUUCUGAUGGUGACUAAAAAGUACGGGAAUCGUCUUGUGAUUAUGCUGCUAUAUUUGACUCUUGUAUGUAUAAAAUCUGCCAGGGCACAAACUCUUGCAGGACAUUCUUGUGCUUGUGCUUUGUAUAUUUAGUUCCAUGUGAACUGGUUCUCAAGUUUGGAUAUGAAUCAAAAUUUAAUCUCUCUGCCUCUUUAUGUUCCUUUC